AUGGACGCGUCAUCUGGCAACAUGACCGUGGUCAUUGCGUAUCGAGACUCCUUUACUAAAGCUGUGACCAAGAAUGCGAUUGUUGUGGUUCUCAGCAUCUCCAUCAACUACAUCAAUGCAGGCCUCAUUCGCACCUUCUGCAAGCACCAGAUCUUCUACACAAAUCCUCGGUAUAUCCUUUUCAUUCACCUGGUGGUUAACGACAUUAUCCAAGUGACACUGACGGUCCUCCUGUUCAUCAUCAGCUAUACCAUCUACAAAUUCAGCGUCUCCGUCUGUUGCACCUUCAUCCUGAUCGCUCUGUUCGCCACUGAAAACACCCCUCUGAAUCUGGCCUGCAUGGCGGUCGAGUGCUACAUCGCCAUCUGCGUCCCCCUCCGCCACGUGCAGAUCUGCACCGUCAAGAGGACGUUGAUGCUGAUUGGUUUAAUCUGGGCGACCAGCAUGCUGUCAGUUCUUCCUGAUCUCUUCAUCACUUUGGCCAUAGAGCCACUGGACUUCUUCCAUUCCAAAGUGUUCUGUCUCAGGGAAACUGCCUUUCGUAAUCCGCACAUUAUCCAGAAAAGGGAUAUCACCUAUAUGGUCUAUCUUGUUAUAGUUUGGCUCAUUAUCUUUUACACUUACUUCAAAAUUAUGUUCACUGCAAAAACAGCAAGCAAAGAUGCUAAAAAAGCCAGAAACACAAUCCUCCUCCAUGGGUUUCAGGUGCUGUUGUGUAUGGCGACGUACACAGAGCCCCUUUUAAAACAAGCUCUGCUGCAAUGGUUUCCUAAGAAUUAUACAGACUCCCUCUUUGCUACUUAUGUCAUAGUGCAGAUUCUGCCACGAUCCAUUAGUCCAAUUAUCUACGGCAUACGAGACCAAACUUUCAGGAGGUAUCUGAAAAGGCAUCUGUUGUGUAGUUAGCAUAUCUUAAAGAUUUUCCAAACAAAAUACUCAAAUUAGCUUGUGCUUUCCUUGCCUUUACAAUUCUU